UUUCCAAAGCAGAUUUCUCUGCUGAGAAUCGUGUCUGUAAAGGCUCAGCCGCCCGGCGAGCUCGGCGCCCGCGACAGCCUCGUUAUUUCAGCCCGUUCUCCUGAGCUCUGACUCAUGACUUUGCACGCUCAGAGCUGGCAGCGCCUCCUCUGAUCUGAAGCCCAGGCGGCCUCAGCCGUCCCAGACUAGACUCCGAAACGUUCCUUAAAUGUACAAACAAUCCUCAGCCUCACAGACAGUUCGAUGCUAACCCGCCCAGGAAGCUGGCCGGCAAGCAGAGCUCUCCGCGCUGAGCCCCGCUGCUCGAGCCACCCAGCAGCAGGUGCACCAGAGGCUUUUGGGAGCUGGGACAAAUCUCGCAGACUUGAGAUGGAGGCAGAGAGACACCCGGUGCCUGGCUGAUGGCUGGGGAGAGGCGAGCCCGUGUCCCAUGGGGAUGCUCCCUAGGCUUGCAGUUUGGGCACCCGGGUCAUGCUGGUCAGAUGGGGCUCACCAGCUGGUGCUGGUCCGAUUUACAAGGUUUUGCAGAACUGGGACCCUGUGUCGUUUCAGGUUGAUGGUGCCCUGGUUGGUGGCGUUGGCGUCCCCAGGGAGAAGAUGGCCCAGCCUGCACACCUGAACCAGAACCUCCCAGAUCUCGGGGGCCCGUUCUUAUACAGGGACCAGGACGAUGGGGAGAAGAGCUCGUAUUCGGUGGAAACCCCCUACGGCUUCCUCUUAGACCUGGAUUUUCUGAAAUACGUCGAUGACAUCGAAAGCGGCCAGACUCUCAAGAAAGUGCCGCUGCCUCGGAGGGCGAAAGGGGCCAGGCAGCAGCCCACCCCCCCCAGCCAUGCCAGCGGCUGGACGUCCACUGAGUCCCUCACCUCCACGGCCAGUGAGGAGGGGAGGACCACGUUCCUGCUGUCCCCACAUGGCCGGGUGCCCCUGGAGACACAGGAGCCCCUGAGCAAACAAGCCUCCCACCCCGUGUCUCCGACACCAGCGCUAAGGCUGCUCCCGCCACCUGCCCGCAAGUGCCUCAUGCGAAACCCCCAGGUGGAAAAGACCUUGCUGGAGACGAGCAGGAGGCUGGAGCAGGAGCAGGGUCAUUUGCUGGAAAGCAGGAACGCCGUCGCGCCCGGUCCACCCAGUCCCUCCCGGAGCAGCAGCUCGGCUGGCCCCAGCGGCACACUGGUCACCCCGAGCCAGCCACCUGCCUGGGGCCCCUCCGGUGGGAAUGGCGAAGGCCAGGCUGUGCUGAGCCCCUCGCUCAUGGGCUCCACCAGGAUGAGUCCCUCCACCUCGGGGCACAGCACGCCGGCCGCGGGGCUCAGUGCUGUGCAGCUGCAGCAUGUGCGGGAGCAGAUGGCUGCCGCCCUCCGGCAGCUCAGGGAGCUGGAGGAGCAAGUGAAGACCAUCCCCAUCCUGGAGAUGAAGAUCUGCGAGCUGAAGCAGGAGAAGGCAAAGCUGCUGGAGAAGCUGUCGGUGGAACCUGGCGAAGCUUUUCGCUUGCCCUCGCAGCCCCCCAGCGCCGGGGCAAUCAGUGGGGGUGAGCUGGAGAGCGAUGCAGAGCCAACAAAGGCGCGAGUGAGUAAAAUCGCGGAGCUGAGGAAGCUCACAGAGAAGCUGUCCGUGUCAGAGAGGAAUGGAAAAAGCAGCCGGGCCGCUCGCGACGGGGACAUGAGCGCCGCCGUCGUCUACUACCAGUCACAGCGGCCGGGCUGCACCCCACCAGACGGAGGGGAGCGGGAGAGCAGGGACGCCGCAGUGUGGGUGCUGGAGUCCUCACUGGGGCUUCCCACCGAGGCGGAGAGGGAGCUGGAGCUGCUGCAGCACACUAUCGGCCACCAAAAGGAGGUGAUCGCCCUGAUGGAGGGACACCUGCAGGAGGCCACGCGGGAGCUGGAGGAGCUCCGGGUGGAGGUGUGCGCCCGCCGGCCGCGGGGGCUCGUGGACAAGAGCACGUCCAGCGAGGAGGAGGAGGAGGAGGAGGAGGAGGAGGAGGAAGGAGACAGCUCCUCUGAGAAGGUUUCAGCCGACAGCUCUGACAGCGACGUGCAGGGGGACACGGACACCUCGGAUGAGGACGCCGAGGGAGGCGGGAGCAACGCGGGCAGCCUGGAGCGGGGGGCCGCACCGGAGGACAGCGCGCCCGUGCCGGAGCCCACCGAGGUGAAGGAGAAGUUUGAGCUGAGCCCCAGGAUGCGGGAGGCCUGCCUCAUCGUCAAGAGCCACCUGGGCCACCCCAGCGCCACCAAGAGCAAAGAGGUGCUCGCCAGCAGCAGCCUGGUGCUCCAGGAGUGGUUCCGCGUGUCCAGCCAGAAGUCGUCCGUCCCGGACGCCGUUGCCAACCACCUCCUGGCCUUCGCUGAGGUCUCGCCGGCCCUCCUGGCCCACGUGGUCAACCUGGCGGACGGGAACGGCAACACAGCCCUGCACUACAGCGUCUCCCACUCCAAUUUCCACAUCGUGCGGCUGGCCCUGGGGGUCUGUAACGUGGAUCACCAGAACAAAGCUGGCUACACAGCCCUCAUGCUGGCAGCGCUGGCGGCUGUUGAGCAGGAGGAGGACAUGAACGUGGUCAGGAGACUCUUCAGCAUGGGCAACGUCAAUGCCAAGGCGAGCCAGGCUGGCCAGACAGCGCUCAUGCUGGCCGUCAGCCACGGCCGGCAGGAGAUGGUGGAAGCCCUGCUCGCCUGCGGAGCCGAUGUGAACCUGCAGGACGAGGAAGGCUCGACCGCGCUCAUGUGUGCCUGCGAGCACGGCCGCGUGGAGACAGUGAAGCUGCUCCUGGCUCAGCCCACCUGCAACAUCUCCAUCGUGGACAGCGAUGGCAACAAUGCUGUCGCCAUCGCACUGGAGGCCGGCCACAGCAACAUUGCUGCGCUCAUGUAUGCCCACCUCAACGGCACAAAGAUGCAGCCGCACCAGGGGACAUCACCAACAGGCACCAAGAGUCCUGGGAGCCCAAAGAAACCGAAUUAGAGCAACCUUCAGAUCCAGCCAGGGUCCAGCCAUGUGCCAAGCCAGCCUCCGUCAGUGCUGGGCUGUAAUUUAUGUCCCCCUCCUGCCACUCCUUUGUGUGCUGUAUCACUCUCUGAGGCUGCAGACGUUUUUAUUCUGUCAACAGAGCAGGCAUCAUCCCUCAGGCUCACUCGCCUGCAUCUGCUGAGGGGAGCAGCCUGCGCUGCCACCUCCUUCAACAAAGUGACAGAGGAGAGCCAAGUAUCAAGUGACCGAGGAGAGCCAAGUAUCAAGUGACCUUGGGGUAGGAAACCCAGGUCCCCAUCUGGUCCCCAUCAGUCCAGCGUCCAGGCACAGAGCCCUCUGCAAGUCACUGAAACAACAGAAAACAAACCCAGCCGAAACACCGCAUGGUUUCUGCUCUCAGCAAGCUCCCAGCAGCUCAGGGAAUGCAGCAGAGCCAGCGCAGGGAAGCAAGGCUGCGAGAGGGUGAACAUCAGCUCGGCAGCCAGGAGAGGACACAGAACCAGAGACUGCAUCCAGCACUUCCCUCCCUUCCACCUGACAGCGCCUCUGAAGCAAGCCAGCGUGUCUUCCAGCCCCUGGCAGCUACAAGCCCUGUUAGUAAAUCUGUCACCAGACCUGGCAGAACAUGCUUUUAUUGUCUUUUCUUCCCUCAAAAGGAAUGAAAAACUUGCAAGUUUCAGUGUUUUUAAAUGGGAGAUCGAAUAUGAAACCCUCCCAGCUAAAGCCAAAAGGAAGAGCCCAAACCAAGCAUUUUUGCCAGGGAAGAGAAGUGCAAGAUCUCACCAGAUUUCCUGCUUGAAUUCCUCCUGGUUUCCAUCCCUUCUGUGGGCCAGGAACCUGGCUGGGUCCUGAACCCUGCUGCACAGUGCCAGCUAGGGAAGACAAAGCUCAGCAGGCGAGCCCCACUUGUUGACAGAAGGGACACAAGGUAGCUGAUUAACACUGCUUUAGAAGUAUACUGGGAGCAUUUCCAAACUCAAAUACUUGCUCUCUUUUCUUCUGGCCUUUCCUUCCCCAGCUGACAUCUGAAUUUUCCCUAACACGUGCACACAAACGAAGAAAUUAUAUUGCUUAGUCAAAAGAACACAGUUCAUCAAAAUAGUCAGUGUUCUGCUUUGCUCAACAGGAGCAAAACUUCUGGCCGCUUGGGGCCUUCAGUCACCAUGCUGACAGAAGGGGGGCCACCAGCCGUGAAUUCACACAGAGUGCGAGACCGGGCACAGCCCAUACCCCACAUUGGGAGCAGGGACCACCUCCAGAGGGAGACAGAAAUUACCUUGUAAACAUUGCCCAUUCUAAACUCUUACCUACUGUGAAGGCAACUGGAGCCAACGAAUAAGUCUCUUUCUGCCCACUUUCCUUCUCAAGGGGGAAGAGAGUGGCUGAGGAUAGCUCCAGGAAAAAGAUGGGAAAGAAGAGCCAAAAUUGCUCAGAGAAAGCCUAGGGCCUGUGAAGAUGGAUGUGUACGUAAAACUAUGCGUUUGUGUCUGUGCAUGUUUGUGCAGCAAGCCAGGUGGGAACACACAAGAUAAGCACUAAAGGACUGGAGAAUAAAAGGCUUUUGCAUGUGAAGCAGGCUCUGCUCUCAGAAUCCUUCGCAAACAAGGAAAGCGGUGCCCCAGCCCCCAUUUCUGUUCCUUGGCCCAUCUUCCUCUCUGCCAUCGCUUUUGCACCACACGGACCUGGUCUGAGCCAUGCUAUAAGCUGGGAAAUACACCCCAAACUUGUUCUGGGCAACACCCUGCUAUUCUUGCCAUGGACCUGUUUCAGCUUUGCACUGAAGUUACUAUAAGAUGCUCACAGCAACUCCCUAGUACACUGCUCUGUAUGUAAUUCAUAUUCACUGCUUUGGUUUCACAGGUUUGUUUACUGAUAUUUUAAAUAUUGAUGUUUAUUUUUAAGAUACAAAUAAAAUUUAAAGUAAAAUUAUUUUGAAAUAUUACACCGCAGUGACCAUCAGCAGUCUCCUGCCUCCUUGUCUGGGUCAAACUGAAGCACCCAGCACAUCUUCAGCAGAGGGACAGCCUGGGCACAACUUUUGCUGGGCACAACAUGUUGCCACCGUGUUUCAAUUCAUUUCUUGCAAGUUGACCAUAUCUGUUGCUCUUGUCUUCUUCUAGCCGAAUUAACCUCAGAGUCAGAAACAGGAUUGAGAUAUCACGAGGUGGUGUUUUCUGGCCUGUAUCAUGGUUUGAUAGGACAAAACGAUGCUGGGACGAAAUGUAGCCCCCUGCUACCCUUGGUUUGUUUUGGUGCUCUGAUAUUGUUAAUCAGCAUCAUUACAGAGCAAUCAUCUGGAUGGGAGAGGGGAUGCAAGGUCACCUCCCUCCUCAUUUGGCUGGGGAGCCCGCUGACCAGAAAGAGAUAUUUGGGCAGGGCUACAGUUGCUCUGAGCCACCCCCACUACUAAUUUACCUCCAUCCCAGCCCUGAAUCACAGCUGAUCCCUUGCAUCUUGGUCACUCAGCACACACUGCACCUGUCAUAGCUGUUUGGCCAAGCAUUGCUGGCCUGUCACAAGCACACACCCUCUUUGGUCCCUGCCCAAGCUGUGCUGCAAACAAACAGCAGCUGGAAAAGUAAACUCCCAAGGUGGACAUCUUCUCCCUACCCCUAUGGCUUAUUCUUGAAUGCUCUGCUGUAUCACAGAAACCAUGAGAACACAGAUUCACCCUAUGCUCAAACUCUAAACCAAAGAGGAAACAAAAGCAGAUCAAGCAACAGCACAAGCACACUCCAGACAAGGGCUUGCUCCAGAGUACAAAAUCCAUCUAAGACUGCACAUAGGCCUGGCUCAAAGCACACCACACAUGCCCUCAGGAGGGAAAAAGGCACAAACGCUCAUAAACAAUGCUCACUACCUGCUGCAGUGAUUUGAGCAUCUCUUCCAGAGGUGCCCUCCUCAGCUUUAAGAUUCUUCAUUCCCACCUGCCAGUAAAGUGCCUUAAGUGAAGCACAUUCAAGGAGCAAGAACAUU